GAUUCAGUUCCACGGCGAAUGCCCGGCGGUGAGCAAGUGGGCAAAUCUGGAUCUGGUAUCUGGCUGAGUGGGGCCCGGCAUAAAACGGAAAACUUGUUAGGAUGGAUAAACUGCGAGGCAACAAUGCGGCUAGCGAGAAUCCCUUCAAGCGGCCGAUGAAUGCCCUCCAGAAGCAGUGGUACCGCGUCCUGCUGGCCCGCCGUGUGGGAUUCGGGCAGCGUCCUCCGCCCGACGAAAAGGAGCUAACGUACGCCGACAUUUGUCGUAAGCGCUAUGCGGCAUCGUUCCGGCGAUACAACGAGUGUUUCCGCCGGGAAAUGGCCAAACAUGAGGAGAUGCAGCGAUGCGCCAUCGACGCCAUGAGGGUACACAGAACCUUUGCCAUCACCACACUUUGGCUACCUUUGCACUCGAAGCGGGAAAUCAACUCAACGCUGGAAACCCUCGAAAAGGUUCUCACCGCCAAGGAAAGACGACGCCUGCAGGAGAUUCUCAAGCAGGGAGAGUCCUGGCACUCGCACCGCUAAGGCUACAUCCAAGAUUCAGAUCUUGAUUCAGGCUCAGAUUCAGAUUCCGAGCCUUACUCAUCCCCGGCACAUCAACAUCAUCAUCAUCAUCAGCUGCCACGGCUAAGUGAAUUCCAUUUAGCUUGGAUUUCAGUCUUCCAGGGAGCCUGAUUUUCCUUCCCCGACUUCGUCUUUUUUUACUUUUCCAUCGCUUUGUUCUUGGAAUUUCGCUGUCAGUGGCCAAAGCACUGUCGUAAAUAUUUAAUACCAGUAAAAGUGCAAAGUUCACUUUGGCU